AUGCCUGCCAGUUCCAACUUGUCAGUUCCAUUCACCAGGAACGAUAAAGAUAUAGGAUACAAAAAGAUGGGAUCCAAGUAUAUGGAAGAACAAUUCACAUGGUUUGCGACAAAAUAUGUAUCGCAAAAUAAAGACGUUUUAAGGAAAUUGAUUAUAGGCUUUUUAUACUUAUUAUCAGCUCAUAUAACAUCGUGUGUUGCAAUUGUUUUUGUGAAUGAUCGUCUACCAGAUAGGAAAAAACAUCCACCUCUUCCAGACCUAAUUUUGGAUAAUUUGCCGUAUGUCCCAUGGGCGGGUCAGGCUUCGGAAUAUUGUCUUGCUUUGGAAAUGGUCAUUUGGAUUGGUAUGGUCAGUCUCAGUAAGCAGCGACUACAAAUUAUUCACCGGCUUUGUUUAGUGGCUGGUACAAUGUACUGGCUGAGGUGCUUGUGCGUACUGGUCACCUCCCUACCAGUUCCGGAUGUUCAUAAAAAGUGUUACCCAUUUCCUGAAGCAGAUACUUGGAACAAACUAAAACGGGCUUUAGACUUGUACACUCGAUUUGGACUCAAAGUGGUUGGUGCCGAGACUUGUGGUGACUACAUAUUCAGCGGCCACACGACACUUCUGACCAUCUUGAAUCUUUUUGUCAAUGAGUACGCACCGAGAUCUCGGUGCUUCAUCAGAGGCAUCACGUGGACAUUAAAUAUAGGUGGAAUACUUUUUAUCUUGUUGUGUCGAGGUCACUACACUAUUGACGUCAUACUUGCCUUCUACUUGUCGUAUCAAAUAUUCACGUCAUACCAUUGCUGUAUCAUCAAGGAGAGGACCAGCUCGUUUCCAUGGAAAGUUGUAGACUAUUUGUCAGAAUGUUUCGAAGACAAUAAGGAGACUUUGCCAGAGUUUGAAAAGGUUUCAGUUUGA